CGAACGCACAGGCAGCCGCGGCCGACCGGUUCCGAGCCUUUGCCUUUUGCCGCGCCGCGCCGCGCCGGCGUUCGAAAUUUAAAUUCAGUUCCAUUCUAGCCACGGUGGAGGACAGACGUGCGCUCGUCAUUUAAAAUGACAACUUACUUACGAUAACUCUUCAACUGUGUUUUGUUUAUCUUGUGUUGAGCUGAUAUGACAUAAUAGUGGAUUUGACGGUGAUAAUGGCCGGGAUCUACUGUGUUUUGCUGCUGAGUGCGCUGGCCGUGGGGUUGGCUGAGGAGGAAGUGGAGGGCGGGAAGUGCGAGAGGAUCCAGCUGCCGAUGUGCCAGGACCUGGGCUACAACUGGACCUCCAUGCCCAACCUGCUGGGCCACCGCGACCAGAAGGAAGCUGAGGAAGCGAUGUCGCUGUUCUCCUCCGUGCUUGAUAGCGGGUGCUCGGCGCACGCGCGCUUCCUGCUGUGCUCGGCGCACGCUCCGCUGUGCUCGGCGGCGGUGGCGGGCGCGGUGGGGGCGUGCCGCGCGCUGUGCGAGCGCGUGUCCGAGCAGUGCCGGCCGCAGCUGCUGGCGCUGCCCGCUGCCGCGCGCCUGGACUGCGCCGCCUUCCCGCUGCGCGCCGACCGCCGCCUGUGCAUGCGCCCGCCCAACGACACCGCGCCCGAGCCGCCCCCCGCCCGCGCCCCGCCCGCCCUGCGCGCGCCGCCGGCCCUCCGCGCUCCAGUCGUCUGCGAGAACAGUGAUGAAGACGCGGACGAGCUGUGGGAGAGCGCGCUGGCGUGGCUCGCGCUGCUGUCCACUGGCUUUGCCUUGCUGACGUUCCUGGCGGAGCCGGCGAGGUUCCGCUACCCGGAGCGGCCGGCGGCGUGGCUGGCGGCGUGCCACGCGCUGGUGGCGGCGGCGCACGCGGCGCGCGGGGCGGCGGGCGCGGGGGGCGCGGGCGGGGGCUGCGCGGGGGACGCGGCGCCGGCGCCGUGGUGCGUGGCGUUCUUCACGGUGUCGUACUACUUCACGCUGGCGGCGGACGCGUGGUUCCUCAACCUGUGCGCGGCGUGGUACCUGACGGCGGCCAGCGAGUGGUCGGCGGAGGCGCUGGAGCGCGCGGGCGCGUACCUGCACGCGCUGGCGUGGGGCUGGGCGGGCGCGUGGACGGCGGCGGCGCUGGCGCUGCGGCGCGUGGCGGGCGCGGGGCGGGCGGCGUGCGGGCUGGAGCCGGGCGCGGCGGGCGCGCUGCUGGGCGUGCCGCGCGGCGGCGUGCUGCUGGCGGGCGCGCUGCUGGCGGCGGCGGCGGCGCCGGGCGUGCUGCGCGUGCGGCGGGCGCUGGGCGCGCGGGGGGCGCGGCGCGUGGGGCGGCUGGCGGCGCGCGCGGCGGCGGCGGGCGCGCUGUACCUGGCGCUGUCGGCGGCGGCGACGGCGGCGCGCGUGGCGGGGGCGGGCGGCUGGGCGGCGCGGCUGCUGCUGCUGGGCGGCGCGGCGGCGGGCGCGUGGGCGUGGUCGCGCAAGUCCGCGCUGGUCUGGCGGCGCGCGCUGUGCCCCCCGCGCAAGGCGCCGCCGCCGCCGCCGCUGCUGCGCCCGCACCACCCCUACUACAAGCGGCCGCUGCACGUGUCGCGUGUGUGAUGCAGCGUGUGCGUGUGUGUGUGUGUCUGAUACAGUCUCAAAGACUUCUCAGUGACUUAUAAAGACUCAUGUUUAGUGCCUAUUAUGUAUUAUUCUGCCUUCUGUGAAGGCGCUCUCGAAGUAUUGUUUGUAAGAUUUUGUAAAUAUUUUUGUAAAUACAAUGCAAUAAAUAUACUGUUGAAUUUUAAAUAUAAA